UGCACACUGUGUAAACGAUACCUAACAUUGAAGAGCUACGCCUACCAGCAACCAACUGCGUUUAAAUCUUUGUUUUUUUAUUGCUAAAUAUAAUUGUUUGAUCGAUCUGCUUGUUUACUUUUAGCUUCAGCUUUGCCUUUUCCGUCAUCGCUUUGAAAAAUCACUUUGAUCUCAUCGAAACUUCCUCAACAUUUCUUUUCCUUUUCUUUUCACUCCCCAUUCCCCACAUUGGCUCUCUCUGCAUCUUAAAGAUUCUUAGUUUCUGCUGUGAAAUAUCACUUCUUGAGAAUGGCAGCAACAGCAGCUUCUGGCCUUCAACUAGCUUCAGCAAGACCCUGCAUUGCAUCUUCUCACAGGGUAUUUAAGGCUGGUGCUGCCAGUCUAGAUGUCAAUUCCAAAGCUGUGCCAUGGAAUAAGCUAGCUAGUGCUUGCCAUUUAUCACAAUCUUUGGAGCCUUUCCGGCGCAGUUUUGCAUCGUCUUCGGUAUAUUUUAACAAAGUUGUGACAAGGGCAAUGUCUGAAUCUAGUGAAAAUAAGCCGGUUUCUGGGUUGCCAAUUGACUUGAAAGGUAAGAGGGCAUUUAUUGCUGGUGUAGCUGAUGACAAUGGAUAUGGCUGGGCAAUAGCGAAAUCUCUUGCUGCUGCAGGUGCUGAAAUUCUAGUUGGGACAUGGGUGCCUGCUUUGAACAUAUUUGAAACCAGCUUGCGACGUGGAAAGUUCGAUGAAUCUCGAUUAUUGCCCAAUGGCUCUUUAAUGGAGAUUACCAAAGUAUAUCCCCUAGAUGCAGUCUUUGACAACCCUGAUGAUGUCCCUGAAGAUAUAAAAACAAAUAAGCGAUAUGCAGGAUCUGCAAAUUGGACUGUUAAGGAAGUUGCUGAAUCCGUUAAACAGGAUUUUGGCAGCAUUGACAUUCUGGUGCAUUCGCUAGCCAAUGGGCCAGAGGUCAGCAAACCUCUGCUGGAGACAUCCCGGAACGGGUAUCUUGCAGCUUUAUCUGCUUCAAGUUACUCCUAUGUUUCUUUACUCAAGCAUUUUAUCCCAUUAAUGAAUCCAGGAGGCUCUUCUAUUUCUCUUACAUACAUUGCUUCUGAGCGAAUAAUUCCGGGAUAUGGUGGAGGUAUGAGUUCUGCUAAAGCUGCUCUAGAAAGUGAUACAAGAGUACUUGCUUUCGAAGCAGGAAGAAAGCACAAAAUUAGGGUGAACACAAUAUCUGCCGGUCCAUUAAGAAGUCGUGCUGCAAAAGCAAUUGGAUUUAUUGAUACAAUUAUUGAAUAUUCAAUCGCCAACGCACCUCUUCAAAAAGAACUAUCAGCAGAUGAGGUGGGGAACGCUGCUGCCUUCUUGGCAUCACCUUUGGCUUCGGCUAUCACUGGUGCCGUCAUAUACGUCGAUAACGGUCUCAACGCAAUGGGUGUUGGAGUUGACAGUCCCAUAUUUAAAGACCUCAACAUUCCUGGCGAAAAGCAUUAGGGAUCUGAUAGCAAACUCGAUGCCGAAUUUUUAACUCGAGAUGUUUACCAUCAGUACUGCUAGCAAACUCGACGCUGAAUGUUCAAUGUAAGACAUUUGCUGUCGUACUGUGUCUAGGAUGUUUCGGUCAGCGGCCCCAUUUUUCCUUUAGAAGUUCAUGCUCUGGCUUUUUGUUUUUUAGAAUUUUUGAGUGUUUUUUGAUACUGUCUAGCCUGAAUUACUGUGCUGUUAAAUCUUAGAUUAAACUUUUUUGAUAAACAAUUUCAAUUGAUCACUGGGUUUUCAGUGAUUUCCUAA